UCUAAAUCCAGGAUUCCGAGUUUGAUUAGAAUUGGGUUUUUUCCCCUAUAACUUGCAAAUUAUGCUACUGGUUUUACAAAUAUACGCAACACAAUCCAUUGCUCUCAACUGCUGGAGUUGUCCGGCGAGUUGUCAAAUACAAGCGUUCCCAGUCAUGAAGAGAAUGUCUUCAAGAUCAGAGAAGAUUGGGAAACCGAUGGUGAUAAGAAGAGGUAAGAAGAAGAAGAAGAAGAAGACAGUAGUUGGGAGAAAUUCUGAGGAUAUUCCUUGUAUUCCAGAAGAUAUAGUAGUCUAUGAAAUUCUGAGUAGAUUACCAACAAAAUCCUUGGUCAGGUUCCGGAGCGUUUGUAAACUGUGGAACUCCGUUAUCACCCAUGACACAGACUUUAAGUCCCGUCAUGUUGAGGCAGAGGCUGUCGUUGGGUUUCCCUUGAAUCACCUUUUCCUCGUCCACAUACAGGAGUCUUGCAAGUCAGUUUCUUGGACCUCUUUGCUUCAUGUGUGUAUAAGGGAUGAUGGCCCAAAGAAGUGGCUAAGAUUCCACCCUACACUUUUCGGAAUUGAUGUCCGCGGCAGGUUGUUGUUUCCUGUACAUUUACGUAGGGAUUUGGCUGUUUAUGAUCCUCAGUCUGAGCAAUGGGAAAUGGUUCACUCAGAUAUUCAGAACUUAAUCCCCUAUAAGGAAAGCCUAUUUCUAAUUGAUCUCAAUCACCAGACCCGUGUUCAAUCAAAAAUAAAAAGUCACCAGACCCAUGGGGAUGAUAAUUUGAAUAAACCAAGUCAAACCACAAGGGAUGCUUGAAUGCUUCAUCUACCAAACUAGUUUCAAGGAUUGACUUUGCUUUUUUACUCUUUUGUUUGUUUAUUUUGGCUGGGUCUAUUAUUUUUUUCACUUUUUAAAUCGUCUGUGUGCAAAUUACAAUGUACAAACAUAUAUACACAGGCUUGUAGGUUCUUCAUAGCAAUUUAAAUUUAUUCAAACUUCAAAUAUGCUUGGAUGUGUUUUAGUCAGAAUGUGGGUUUAGUACAGAAGGCAUUGUCGAGGAAUGUGCAGCUAGUGGUGAGAACUGAGAAGUCGAGCAUGUGGAUGAUGAAUUUCCAGCCAUGAAACUGACUGAAUUGCAGCUCAUGAUUGAUCAUAUAUAGUACUAGCAUUGAAGAAGUAAGAUGCUAAAAUUGUUGCUGAGCUGCAUUUUUUGUGUCCUGAGAUGAUUGAGUGAAAAUGUGUUAUCUCAUUGAAAUGCCUGCUUGAUAUGCUAGUUACUGUGUUCUUUCAUGAGAGUUGCUUAUUAAUAUAUUCAGCAUUAGUAACCGCAAUAAUAUGCAUACCAUAACCUCACUUGAUUCCUUGACAUAUAUAGUAUUAUAGCUUCACUGUCAUGUAUUUUGGAAUUAAAACUUAAAAGUUCCAAAAUUUACUAAAUCAAGAAAGCUAGGUGCCUCAAAACAGUUUGAUAUCUCUCUUAGAUUUUAUAAAAAGGUCGCAUUUAUAUUCAUUUAUGAUUUACAACCAAAUAAUAUUUCCAGAACAUGCGACUACAUAAUACACAUGGAUUAGGGUAAAAAAGUGCAGAGCAGCCGAGCAGGGGUUACAUGAGCUUAGUUCCAGUAGCAGCAUGAAGUUUCUGAAGUGGUUGUCGUAAAAAGUUGAGGAUUAGAAACAACAUCCUCAUACUUGGAGAGAGGGGUUGGAUAAUGGUUAUAACCCCUAUUUAACUUUUUUUAAAUUCAAUUUAAUUGACAUUUUAUCCCAAGGCGUAGAAAUUGAAAUCACCUACGUAACAACACAUAGAAAUCAGUUCUGUUGUGCAGUGGAGACAGUCUUGGUUGAGCUUGUUUGCAGGUCUGAAGCAGGUGCCGCUUGCUGUUCUGUAAAUGUUCAGUUUACUUGGUGUGUCUGCAGGGCUGUGAGUCUUGGUGGUGCCCGGAAGUGAACUUGGUAGUGCCCGGAAGUCAACUUGGUAGCGGGAGCAAAUUUGAAUUGCUGGUUCUGGUCCUUAUUAUUCAACAAAUUAAAAUUUGAUUUUCUGAAAUUUAAGUUAUUCUUUUGAAUUAUCUUGUUAUUAUGUCAAUAUAUGGUUGCACCUGUGCUACCUAGAAUCGGUUAAGAAAAGAUGGGUUAAUGUUAAUGAUCUAGGUGUUUAAUUUUGAAUGGUUUUGGAUAUAGUUGAAAGUUAGAUCUUCGAAAUGGGAAAACAAUGAAUUCUUGCUUGUGAAGAAAUAUAAAAUUUAACUAGGGUGUCAUACAUGUUAACUUGAUAAGAUGAUAUGAGCUUAUUGUGUUUCUAAAAUUUAUUCUGUCAUCUCAGAUUAUACUAUCUGCAUAUGCAUACAUCGAGUUUACAAAAUAACACAUCCGUGUCCUGUUAUUUUUGUUGAAAAGUGCCACCUGGUUGGAUAUUUCCGUGUUCCU